AAGUUGGCAACGCUGGUAUGUGGACAAAAUACAUAACAUAACCUUAAAAUCAUAGUAAAAUCUAAGGUGUCUACAAACAUAAUAUACACAGAUUAUAAAGGUGAGGUCUUCAGCAUAGUUUGUUUCUCUAUGGUCCUUCGUACACUUACAAAACACACAACGGCAACAAUGGCGGCGUAGCCCUAUAAUUUUGGCUUAAUUGUGACAAUAAGGACAAGAUGUUCCCGGCGAACCACAAAACGAUAUUCGUGCUGGAUCACACGCCGUAUUUCGGCAUAUCCUGCGAAAAUCCUAUAGAAUUCGAAUUCCUAAAGAGUCGUACACCAGGUUAUAUCCCCAUGAGUCCCAUUACAAAGUCUUUAUGGACUUCAAGCCUGGAAUCUGCCAUUGAAUAUUGCAGGAUAGUUUGGGAUUUGUUCCCCAGUGGAAAAUUGGUGCGUUUUAUAGCCAGCGACACAGCAGCUAAUAUUAUUAAUACAUGGAGCUCUAGCCAGCAGAAUUUAAUGCAUAUAAUGAAUGGUAUGUCAUUUAUUGGCAUCCCUCCUAGUGCUCCUCCUUCCUCUCGUUCUCCACCACUCGAUUACACAAUUUUGCAUGGUUUGAGAACGGCUGUAGAAGCUGCCACUGAAUACACAGAUAUGCAGCAAGAAAAGGCCCAACAAAUGGACGGCCCAGUUUUGAAUAGGUGUAGAGUAAUUUGUAUAACAUCUGCAAGAGAUAAUGACAGCAUGAAGAGACUGGAGGAAAUUUUUUUGAGUGUUUUAAUACAGCAAAAUAAAAUGGUGUCCAAUAUGGAGAGGAACUUGAAAAUUGACCAUUGUCAUUUGGUGGUUAUCAACACAUUUCCGGUAAAUAUGGAAUCCCAAGUGAACAAUCAUGGGCCUAUUAAUCUGUCAUCCAUUUUGACAACCGAGGUGCAUUCGAUCAAGGCGCCCUUGAUCCCUCACAAGCUCUCCUCUCUGAUCCUCGAGCACUACUCGUUGGCCAGCACGACCGUCACGGGCAUCCCGAUGAAGGAGGAGCAGAACGCCUCCUCCUCGGCCAACUACGACGUCGAGAUCUACCACGCGUUCGGCGCGCACACCGCGAUCCUCAAGGGCGGCAGCGCGUCCGAGUGCCGCGCGAUCCGCGAAGGCCACGACUACGAGACGGUGACGUUGAAGUGGUGCACGCCGCGCGGCUCGGCCGGCACCGAGCUGCAGAACUGCACCGCGAUGCACCGCGUCACGCCGGUCGACGUCAACUCGCGCCCCUCGCUGUGCCUGAUAAACUUCCUGCUGAACGGGCGCUCGGUGAUGCUCGAGAUGCCGAGGAAGGCGGGCGGCAAGAUCACCAGCCACCUGUUGGCCUCGCACGGCGGCGAGAUCUUCAUACACACCCUGUGUACGGCCAGGUCGGUCCUUGAGGACCCCCCGUCAAUUUCAGAGGGCGCCGGCGGCAGAGUGACCGACUACCGAAUCACGGACUUCGGCCAUUUAAUAAAACAAAACACUCUGCUGCCGAUGAAAGCGGCGCACAUCGAAGCAGGCGCGCCCUCCAUCGCCAAAAUGAAGACCAGACUGAACAGGCACACCAGAUACUGGCCGUUGACCAUCAGUUCCACCGUGAUAUUCAACUUGAAGAACUUCAUCGACCCGAUGCCGGCGCUCAUAACCAAGGAGAAGAUCUCGGACGAGGAGGUGUUCGCGUGCAAGAAAGUGAUCUACAACUUGAUCUCGUUGGAGUCGAAGAUGGAGCCGCUGCAUCAGGUCAGCUCCGGGCAGCGCGUCAAGCCGGCCAAGAGGGAGGAGCAGUACAAGGCGAUGUGGAACGAGCUGGAGACGCUUCUGAAAAACAACCUGCACACCGAAAACCACAGGAACGUGUAUGGUUGCUUGCUGGAGUGCCACAAGUUCAAUUUCAACGAGGAGGACAAGAGCGAGAAGGUCGAGCUAGAUGACGCUCUCAGGGAGUUGGACCAAAUGACAGCCAACACGGCGAAAUCGACGGAUAGCGAGCAACAGCGCGCCUCCGUAAUACGCGCCACCACCGAUUCCCCCAUGUCGCCGCCGCCACUGGCCAGCAUAGCCGCCCCCGCGUUUUCCAGGUCGACGUCGUCCAAUCAAAACUCGCGUCAGUCGGGCAGCGCCCUCUACUCGGCGCAACCCAAAACCCUCCUCGACAUUUUCGCCGCCCAGGACAAAAGUAAAUCGCGCCCGGAUUUCGUCGGCAGGCUCAAUUCUUCCGGUGACGGCCAGGUUGCCAAAUUGUACCCCAAUUUCACCGGAGACGAUCGGGGCCCGCGAGCAGAUGCCUCCAUAGAAGCUUAGUAUAUUAUUUUUAUUACUUGUAAAUACUUUCCUUUAUAAUAAAACGCAAUUUUACUAAAACCGUUUUAUUUAAAAACAAAAAAAACUGAAAUAUACUGGGUUAGUAAGUAUGGCAAAAAAAUAUAAUAUUUAUUAAAAUUUGAAUAUGUCAGUGAGUUUUUUAAGAAUACCGCCUUUCUUCUCCCCUUUCAAACCCUCAUCUUUAACAUUCAAAUUUUCCACCUCACUUAUCCGAUCCUUUGAAACAAAAGAACUAUCCUGCAGAUGAGAUUCUCGAUCCGACUUUUUUAAUGUUUCAAUGUUAUUUACAUUAGUGCCUUCAUCCACGGAGGUGGUUAUUUUGGACUGAAAGCACUCGUCCCCCUAUUUUUUGGAAGACUUUAUCGGCUUCUCCUUCUUCAUUUUCAUCAAGCUUGCAGGAAUUACUUCCUCCUUUUUACCAACCAAAUCCUCAUGACCGUCUUCUCUCAUCUUUUUUUCCCAAGCUGCCAACUCCUUUUCAAACCUAACCUUUUCUUUUAUGUACAUAUCCUGAUAUUUGUCUUUCUCUUGUUGCGGUAAUGUCGACCACGCUUGUUUUUUUUCUGCAAAAAUAUCUCUCAGAUGCUUUCCCUCUUGUUUGCAUAAAUCAGUCAGGUACAAGGCAUAGGCUGUUAAGGGUCUUUUUGGCUUGUUAUGUUCUCUAUAAAGCUAAAAAAAUGUAUUGU